GGGCCUUUUACCUUAAAGUGAUCAUCACAAAUGUAAAAUAUCAAGUUAAACCUCACAAGAGAUUAUUGUCCAAAAGGAACAUCUUAGUUCCAACAGUGUACAAAGGAACAGUACUAGCCUGUCAAGCCAACUAAAGCUAUUGUGAAUGAUGCUGCUAUGAACACAGAUGUACAAAUAUCUCUUCAAGACUGGAUGUUUUCAGUUCUUUGAGAAUUCCUCAGAGAGAGAAGACUGUAAUAAUGGCGAACCCCCUAGGAAGAUAAUACCAGAGAAGAAUUCACUUAGACAGACUUAUAACAGCUGUGCCAGACUCUGCUUAACCCAAGAAACAGUAUGUCUAGCAAGCACUGCUAUGAAGACUGAAAAUUGUGUGGCCAAAACAAAACUUGCCAAUGGCACUUCCAGUAUGAUUGUGCCCAAGCAACGGAAACUCUCGGCAAGCUAUGAGAAGGAAAAGGAACUGUGUGUCAAAUAUUUUGAGCAGUGGUCAGAGUCCGAUCAAGUGGAAUUUGUGGAACAUCUUAUAUCCCAAAUGUGUCAUUACCAACAUGGGCACAUAAACUCGUAUCUUAAACCUAUGCUGCAGAGGGAUUUCAUAACUGCUCUGCCAGCUCGGGGUUUGGAUCACAUUGCUGAGAAUAUUCUGUCAUAUCUGGAUGCCAAAUCACUGUGUGCUGCUGAACUUGUGUGCAAGGAAUGGUACCGAGUGACUUCUGAUGGCAUGUUAUGGAAAAAGCUCAUCGAGAGAAUGGUCAGGACAGAUUCUCUGUGGAGAGGCCUGGCAGAACGAAGAGGAUGGGGACAAUAUUUAUUCAAAAACAAACCUCCUGAUGGGAAUGCUCCUCCCAACUCUUUUUACAGAGCACUUUAUCCUAAAAUUAUACAAGACAUUGAGACAAUAGAAUCUAAUUGGAGAUGUGGAAGACACAGUUUACAGAGAAUCCACUGCCGAAGUGAAACAAGCAAAGGAGUGUACUGUUUACAGUAUGAUGAUCAGAAGAUAGUAAGCGGCCUUCGAGACAACACUAUCAAGAUCUGGGAUAAAAGCACAUUGGAAUGCAAGCGAAUUCUCACAGGCCACACGGGUUCUGUCCUGUGUCUCCAGUAUGACGAGAGGGUGAUCAUAACUGGAUCAUCGGAUUCCACGGUCAGGGUGUGGGAUGUAAAUACAGGUGAAAUGCUAAACACAUUGAUUCAUCAUUGUGAAGCAGUUCUGCACUUGCGUUUCAAUAAUGGCAUGAUGGUGACCUGCUCCAAAGACCGUUCCAUUGCUGUAUGGGAUAUGGCCUCCCCAACUGACAUCACCCUCCGGAGGGUGCUAGUCGGACACCGAGCUGCUGUCAAUGUUGUAGACUUUGAUGACAAGUACAUUGUUUCUGCAUCUGGAGAUAGGACUAUAAAGGUAUGGAACACUAGUACCUGUGAAUUUGUGAGAACCUUAAAUGGACACAAACGCGGCAUCGCCUGUUUGCAGUACAGAGACAGGCUGGUUGUUAGUGGCUCAUCUGACAACACGAUCAGGUUAUGGGACAUAGAAUGUGGUGCAUGUUUACGAGUAUUAGAAGGCCAUGAGGAAUUGGUGCGCUGUAUUCGAUUUGAUAACAAGAGGAUAGUCAGUGGGGCCUAUGAUGGAAAAAUUAAAGUGUGGGAUCUUGUAGCUGCUUUGGAUCCCCGUGCUCCUGCAGGGACUCUCUGUCUACGGACCCUUGUGGAGCAUUCUGGAAGAGUUUUCCGACUCCAGUUUGAUGAAUUCCAGAUUGUCAGUAGUUCACAUGAUGACACAAUCCUCAUCUGGGACUUUCUAAAUGAUCCAACUGCCCAAGCUGAACCCCCCCGCUCCCCUUCUCGAACAUACACCUAUAUCUCCAGAUAAAUAAUCAUACACUGACCUCAUACUUGCCCAGGACUCAUUAAAGUUGCGGUAUUUAACGUAUCUGCCAAUACCAGGAUGAGCAACAACAGUAACAAUCAAAAUACUACCCACUUUCCCUGGACUAGCCAAAGAGUGGGGCUUUGAGACGCCUGUUGGGACACAGCGGUCUGCAGUUGACUCAGGAGGGUCUGCCCAGCACAGCUGUCUGCUUCCGUGCUGCUAUCAGAAGAUGUCUUUUAUCUUUCAUGAAUGAUUGGAACUUUUAAACCUCACCUCACUUCCCCUCCUCCUUUCCCCUGUGCACCUGUUUCUUCCUCAUUUGGUUCCAGACAAAGAUGACUUAUAAAUAUAUUUAGUGUUUUGC